AUGGAAUCUUUCAUGCUUGGAGCCAAGAGGGGUCUCUGCGAGAGGUGGAUGAUUCUCCUAUUUCAGAACCAAGUUGAUUUGGUUAAAGAGAAACUUUGGCGAAUGGGAAUUGGGUUUAUAUGGUCUUAUUACUGGUGCAGAAAAUGUAUAUAUUUGAAACCAAAAGUGGAAAAGGUGGCAGCUGAUUACAAUAGAAGAUUGCGGUUUUGCUGUGUCAAUGUUAAUAACACCCCACACAAGCUUGUUGCUCGUGCAGGGGUUACUAAAAUGCCAACUAUUCAGUUAUGGAAGGAUAGCAAGAGACAGGCAGAAGUGAUUGCCGGUCACAAAGCAUAUUUGGUCAUUAAUGAAGUUCGUGAAAUGAUUGAAAAUGAGGUACCUUGUGAAUUAUGGUAUCAAUUAUCUUUUGUGUCACAUUUUUUUAUUUUAAAAAACAACAAAUCAUGCCCCCCUUUCUUGGCAGAUGAGAUUUUGGAUUUCUGGUGA